ACCUGGCAAACCACAUUACAUUUUUGUGAAGGCAAUGUGAGGAGAAGGCACUAUAGAGGCGUAAGGCAGAGACCAUGGGGAAAAUGGGCGGCGGAGAUUCGUGAUCCAAAUAAGGCAGCCCGAGUGUGGCUUGGGACCUUCGAAACAGCCGAGGCUGCCGCACUUGCUUAUGAUGCGGCAGCUUUGAGAUUCAAAGGAAGCAAAGCUAAGCUUAAUUUCCCAGAAAGAGUUCAAGGAGGAACUGAGUUGGGUUACCUCACAACAACUGGUAGUCCACAAGACUUAGCAGCUGGGGGGAGUCAAAGAACUGAAUUGGCUCAUCACAAUCAGCCUCUUUCUGAUCAUCAAUAUCAACUGCAGGCAAAUCCCAAUAAUGUUCAUUUUACUCAACCUGAUCAAUAUGCACAAUAUUUUCGAGGCGGUAAUUAUGAGAACCUAAGUUAUGAUGUUUUACCAAGUACAUUUUAUGAGAGAGAAAGAUCAUUUGUUUCCCAGACUUUAUCAGCUACGACUACUACAUCUUCAUCAUCAUCUUCAGUGCUUUUCGUACCAUCUCAACAAGAAGACCAAGAUCAACAUGUACAACAACAACAUCCCUUAAGCUUUUCUAUGGCGCAGCAGCCGUUUGGUUCUUCUUCUUCUUCGAGUUCAGACCCUUCUAAGAAAAAGAAAGACUUUAGACAGCAGCAGCCUUAGUAUCAAGACAAGUUCCAAGUUUCUCUAGGGGAGAUGGAGAGAGAAUGAAAAAGUGAUCUUGGAGUAGAAGUCAUGAUUUCCAUUCUAUAUAUAUCUGAGCACAUAUAUUUGUUUCCUUAAGUUUUCAUGCAUUAAUUGUUUGUUGUUUUCUUGAAUUAAACCCGUUGUUUGUCAUCAAGCUUGAACGGGGUUGACAUUGGAAAGCCUUAGUAUUUGUUUGACUGGAGAGAGAUUUUCUGGUAA